AUUACUCGGCACUAUAUAACCACCACCACCUGCAAGGAUAGAAUCCAUCGUUAGCUACUUAGCUUACAACUUCCAGAUUCAGGUGCAAGAAGCAAGCAAUAGCUUACACGUAGUGUCCAGCCAUAUCCAUCCCUCUUCAGUUUUCUAGCAUCUCUUAAUCGCAGAAGAUGAGCUCGGUGUGCGCAAGGCCCGCGGGGUUCUCUGGAGUGGUCAAGUGCCAGCGCCGGGCGCGGGUGCGGGUGUCGGCCGUGGCGGCGGCGCCGGACAGAGCCGCGACGGCGGCUAAGACGACGAUGUACGAUGUGCUGGCGGUGGGCACGUCGGCGGGACCGGAGGAGAUCAAGGCGGCGUACAGGCGCGCGGCGCUGCGGUGGCACCCGGACACUUGCCCUGGUGGCGCCGAUCGGUUCAUGAUGGCGCGCGAGGCAUACGAGGUGCUCUCCGACCCCGAGCGUAGGCGGGGCUACGACAUAGAGUUGCGCUUCGGCGGUGGCGGUGGCGCCGGGUACUCCAGCGCGGCGCGUCGAGCGGGGUACGCGGACUGGGAGGAGCAGCUGGCCGGGCUGCAGUGGCGGGCGGCGGAGGCGCGAGGGACGUGGGGGUACAGGAUGCGCCGCGCCGCCGCGCAGACGUCGUCGUCGCACUAGUCGAAACCGCCGCGUCUUUGCACGGUGCUUGUAUAGUUUAGCUAGCCAUCUUAGGCCCGUGUGGUUCGCCCGAUUGGUGAAAUACUGAGUUACUACAAGUAACUAUUUUGAUGCCUAAAUAGCACAUGCGCGAGCAAUGUCUUAAGUUGACAUUUUUUAUUAGUUAAAAAUACUAAUUAAUAACAUUACUA